AUGCCCGGGGACAUCAAAGCAGUUUAUCCCUACGCACACACAAUUGUCAAUGGCGUCAUUCGGGACACUAAGUAUCCUGGGACGGCGUGUCAUCGAAUGCUGGAGGUCCAUCGUAGAUUGAAAUCUCUUCCCUCUAGUUCUCUCAUGAAUAGACACUGGAAAGAAAUAAGAUCAACUUUGCUAUGGUGUGGGGGUCUCUUAGAAGAUCGAAGUACAAGUCACGCUUUUAAUGACGAUAAUCACUGUGACUUGACUACUAUGCUUGAGGAUGUGCAGUCCAACAGCAACGAGAAUGGAUUAGUGAAGAAGAUCUCACGAAAAAAUUUUCUGGGCGAUCACAUCAAGAAAGCCUCAGUGCCUGAUCUUGGCGAGGGUGGUAGCUGGUCGACAUGCACCAAUGGAUGCGAUUCAGUACCUCCGAAUGACGUUGCUCAUGCUCAAUUUAAUUCAAGAAUCGCUUUCAAACUGGUUUGGUGCCCUCCGUGUUACGAAACAUUCGUGCUUGUGGACGACGAGGGUAAGUUGUUAAAAGUGGGACAACCAAUCAUUCCCGAUGAAAAUUCAACGUCUAGUUUAGUGUCCGCUAUACCUGAUAAUCUGUACAGAAAGUCAAACUUUGCUUUGACCAAAGGAGGAAUAUACGCGACGGUUGCUGAGGGCUAUCGCAACAAAGGCCCGAUGGCUGGAACAUGA